GGAACAUCAAUGUUGUGAGGUGCCCUGAACUCGGCUGCAUUUUUUCGUGUUGGUUUCAGUUGACACUGCAUGAUGAUGCGUGAUCUACCUUCAGUAAUUUGGUUGAAAUUUCCUUUAAAGCACCUUCAGGGGAGUAAAGAUUUGGCAGUUGGGCUAACACUAGUGAAAAACAGGUAGAAUUAUUCCUCCCGCCAUGAGUUUAGUUCUUCACACGUGUGAACUCAGCUCAUCUGAUCUGGUUUGCCGGGUACUGGGCAUGCGCAAUGCACAUGUGUAGCUUUCUCCAUGUUUUGAUUGCGCAACAUCGAUCGCUGAGGUUAAUAAAGUCUCAGUCAUUGCGAUCUUUAGAGAGGGGCGAGAACACAGCAAUUAUCAGCACCCUUUUCUUUUCUCAGACGUUUAAUGAGGAACAAGGGACAAGGAAACGACGUCUCAACAAAUUGAUGUUAUUGACAUUUUAUUUGCACCCCAAAUUAGUGAUCAAUACUAAAAUUAAAAAUAGUCCAAUUGCAACUUGAAGUUUUAAAUUCAACUGCAUAGACAGACCAGGCAGAGCUGAGGCGGAGUUAAAUUAGUUUUAAGUCUUCAGCUCAGAGGCAGACUUCCCCGCACGACUCAUCCACUCAGUCAGUACUCACCAAGAUUUCAAAGUCAAAGAUGUCUGACACUGCGAACAUCACUUUGCCAUCUUCAACCUACAGGACCCCAUCAGGACUGGCGUACAUAAAACUGCCCCAAGGCAUCAUUGAAAUUCUGGAAGUGCUCACAUGUCUUGGAGCUCUGUUGGGUAUAGCAAUCCAACCUGACAAGGCAGAGGAUGAAUCGUCAUACUGGCAUCUCCAAGCAGCCUGCGGAGGAUUCCUUGGCGUCACGGCCAUCCUCAUCCUCCUCUACGUAUUGGAUGUUCCCCAGAAGACGACCCGCUUCCCGUGGAGCAUGGUGCAAGUAUUCUACUGCGCUGGAGCAGCGGUAGCUCUCAUGUCUCUUGCCGGCCAUGUUGCGGCCAACACUUUUGGCCAAGCCGGAAUCAUUGUUGCUGUCAUUCUUUCCUUCAUUGCAAUGAUAUUGUACUUCAUUGAGAUCUUCUUCGCAAUCCGUGCCUGGAAGCGCAGCAUCAUUGCUGAGACACUUCGACUGGUCGAGGAGGGGAAGCUAGGAGUCAGUGCACCCCCUUCUGCUAUGAAAGAGAACAAUGCCAUCUAGAGAGCUUCCAAGCCUAACUGUUUUGGCAUUCAGUAUUAAGGAGUUUAUAUUCUUGUAUAAUUUUUCAACUACUCUAUAGAAUCCAGUUACAAAGUGUUAUUCCAAAAUCACUUUCAUUGGUAAAGACCAAAUAUCGGUUUAAGAAUGUGUCAUUUAAACUUUAAUGUAUGUUGUAGAAUUAUCAUAAUCUUUUCUCUGUUGUUCCCCUCAGAGGGAUGGGAUUGGGCUCAUCUUUUCAUUCCUCAUUAUGUGCUUCAAUUGUUCACCAAUUCCAAAGCCUAUUCCUUUUCCAUCCUCCUUGAUGUGAUCCUACCACCUUUCCAUCUAAAAAAAUGACUCUGAAAACAAAAUUUAAGGACAUUCCCAAAAUUCUUUCAUUUGCACUUAUCAAUAGCAAGCUCGAGAAUGAACAGAAAACAAAAUCGAAAACAGAAAACGGAAGUUAGAGAAAAUGGACAUUUCAAGAAUUCAGAGCCCCGUGUUCUCUUUCACUUUGCUAUGUGCUAAAACCCAUUGAUUGAUAUUAUCCCCCUUAGCUCCUCUUCACAUGCUCAUAUUCUGCUCGGAUUUAUAUUCUUUCUGAUCUUUAAUCACCCCAACUUUAUUCUGUGAAUCCAUAUCAUCCUUUUUUCUAUCUAUCUGAUCUGGUCAUUUUUCUUAUAGUUCUUUAACAUUUCAACUUUGCCACAUCCGAUUUCCUAAUGAAUUAAAUACCAACAUGAAUUUUUGGUGUGUUUGUUAUGCUUUUAGAGAUAUAACAAAACUUAUCUGUUGAUCAUGAUCAUGAUGAUGGUGGUGAUGGCAUUAUCUGUAAUACACCAUAAAGUAUUCAAAUUAUCAGUACUUGGUCAGUAAUUAACUUAGCGCUGACUGUAAAAUCUGAAAAAUGUUUGACAAGGGAUGAAUAGAUUAUAAUCAAAUAUGUAAAAUCGUGUAUUAUGCAUAUGGUAUUGCGUAUGUAAAGCAUUUUCAGCAUCCAUACAGUAACUGAAUGUAGGCUUUUUUUAUUGUCCUAAUAGAACCAGACUGUCGUGUAAUAUAAUAAACAUAACAAAUUGUCAAUUCAAGAAUUAUGAAUCCGUCAUCAUUUCAGCAUCAAGCUGUUAAUCAAGCUUUUAAAAUUCUUCUUCUUGGGGUGGAUGUAUAAAAUCUGUUUUUUUUUUUUUUUUAUUACUUAGUAUUAAUCAAUAUAUUCAGUUGAACAAUCAGUACUUUAUGCAAACUCGAUACCACUUGGUAAAAAACAAGGUUUCAUGGUUCUUUUUAUCGGUCGCAUUCACAUAUGCGCAUUUAUCAGCAUUUGUUUUAAUUGGCUACUUGCUGCCACCUGUAUAUAUUGUAAAUAGUUCCACUAUUUAUGCUGCGCAAAGAGGGUUUUGUCACAUAAAAUGUGGGAUUCCUUUGCAUGAUCCCUUUUUGAGCAGACUUUUAUCUCUAAGUGUUACCAGUUCAGAACAAAGUUCAUCUCAAGUCUAUACAUGACUUGACAUUAAUUUUCUAUAUGCCAACUAACAUUUGAAUGUUUCCAUGGCAAAGAAAAAGAAGAAUGUAGUGGUUUUACGGUACACCAACUCAAACUCGUUCGGGUGGUACUCUUCAGGACCAACAUAUGCUCAUGAAAGAAUACACGGGGUACCGUUAAACCACUACAUUCUUCUAAGUGCCAAGUAUGUAAUUUGUAUCAAAUUAUUUUUUAAAGACAUUUAGCAUUUAUUUUUUACAAAGAUAAUAUCUAAUAUGAAACAAUUGAGAGAUUUGUGUGUCUAUUUUAUUAUGACAACUUUGAACUUACAAGUGCAUUAAUUGUCUUUCAAAUUUGAAUUUUGAAUAUUUUGUUUAUCAUACAGUACUUAAACAUAAGGUGAUUCAUUAUUAUUAAGAAUCAAAACAGUAUAAAAUUUUCAUAUGUGAUAUAAGCAGAUAUUCUAUCAAAACCAGGCAAAAGUAUAUUUUAUGAAUAUUAAUAUUUUAAGGGAGACAAACUAUUUGCUGUAUACUGCCCAAUGAUUAACUAGGAUCCUCAUGCCUGCCGGCCUUGAGGAUUUCCAUUCUCAGAUGCCUAGAAUGUAGUGGUAUGUCAAUCUGAAUAUGAUAAUAUAACAAAUAAUGCACAGUUGAGAAUGUGGUGAUGUGGGGCAUUCAACGAUGCAAAAAGCAUGAGGUGUGUCGAUUGAGAAAAUACCCAAGAUGUCAAGAUCACCAAUAAAACAUCACAAACCUGUAAAUUGUUUGUUUUAUGAAAAGGGUCAUUACCUUUAAUUUGAUUCUUUAUAAGAACAUAAGAUUUAGUAUUUGGUUUCAGUGUCCAUAUAAUUCUAUAUACGUGGUACAAGAAUGAAUCUUCCCAAAUGGAGAUAAAUUCUGUGAUAUUGAUAAUUGGUAAUCUUCCCAAAUCAAGAAAAUUGGGUGAUAUAGUUACCAAUAAUUCAGUAUUGAGACGAAAUUGCUUUAUCUCAUUAAAUACAUGUAAUAUAAUUAACAGUCUUUCUCAGUGCUGUGCACAGAGUAUAUGAAUAUAUUUUCUAUUCAGAGAUUCUGUCAAAUUUUAGCAUCUAUAUUAAUAUCUUUACCAAUUUGUGCAAACUCUUCAUUUCAAAAUACUAUUAACAAAUGCCUAAUAUAUUUGUGUGAUGGUAUUGAUUGAUAUUAUCACGUCUUCCCAAAAUUUGGCGCAUCGAUUGAUAUUAAAAUGCAGAAUAUUUUAA